UCACCAAGAUGACGCCCAACAAGAAGAAAAAGACAGGUCUAGAAGUGUUUCUUAUACUUGAGCUCUGCGUUUUCGUGGUGUGCGGAACACUUUAUAGCAACGGGCUAUCAAAAGAUGGGCGCCUUUAUGCUCUUUGGCUGCUGGUUCACCAAGAUGGCACACAGCAAGGUGAAAAAGACAGGUCUGGAAGUGUUUCUUAUGCUUGCGCUCUGCCUUUUCUUGGUGCGCGGAACACUUUAUGGCAAUGGGCUUUCAAAAUAUGGUACGAAUGUUUGCCAAGAGUGGAAAUGGAGGACCGUUGCAACAUCCACCCUGGUGUCGACUGUCAGUUAUCAAACCUACAUUUCACGCAGUAAACUUUGUGGUUGGAGGCGUUGCAGAAAGUCUAGAACUGUAACCAGCUACAAAUUGAAAACGAUCUACCGUCGGACAAUUGACACAUACUUCAGAUGCUGCAAUGGAUGGAGAAGAAGAGGAAAUGAAUGCCCAAUAGCAAUCUGCCGUUAUGGCUGCAAAAAUGGAGGAAGUUGUUAUUCUCCGAAUAGAUGCAGGUGUACUCCUUUUUGGACAGGACCUAAUUGCGGUAUAGAUGUAAACGAAUGCUCUUCAAACAACGGAGAUUUUCAGCAGCAAUGCAUCAACAGGAGAGGGACAUCAAGACUUUGCUCCUGUAACAGCUGGUACAAGACAAGCCCAUACGAUAGUAAGAAGUGCGUUGAUGUAGACGAGUGCCAACGGUUGAUUGAAUGCACCUGUGCUUCUGGGUCAAAUUCAUGUGGAAAAUCAUGCAGGAACACUGUUGGAAGUUAUUAUUGCACGUGGGGAAAGAGUUAUAGACUGUAGAGUAGUACAAUGUGCACAGGUUUAUCUCAGAGAGAAGAAAUGGACCCGAGCUCAGAUGUGGCUCGGGCCGAAGAAGAUGCACACCGUUGGUAAUUUUCUAUGGGUU